AUGAUACAGGUGUGCUGCGAUCCGCAGACUCUGGCCGGACGAAUGGGUCCGCGAUGUGAUGAUCAGGAACAACUAAAAGUUGAUGUCAAAGAAUCGUUCAAAAUCGAGCGACCACAACCAAAAUAUGCUGACUGUAGACGAACAAGUGCACCGGCAAUACUCUGGAGUGCUUCAACACUCAUCGAUGACAAGCCAAGCGCUUCCACCGUUGAUUCCAUCAGUUUACUACAACGUCUACUUGAAAGACAACGAGUUCUCGUCUCACAGAUGAAUAAUGACACAUCAAGCCCUGAUUCAGGUAUUGGGCUCGAUCACCCAAUGGAUUCUUCAGAAUUACAUAUAGAACCGCCACCACCAUCUGCACCGCCGUCGCUUCUUCCCACACAGACAUCCGUAAUCACAUCGACAAUGUCGUCAAAUCCAAACAGGACCACACAGCUUAAUCCUAUUGCCAAUCAAAAUUUACCGAUCUCACCGUUUUUGUGGCCUUGGAUCAAUGACAAUCGCCUCAUGACUCCAUGGUUGUCAUCCCCGUUGUUAGCUUGGCCACCGCCUACGGGUGAUCUACCAACACCUAUUCCUAUAGCUCCAACAGCUUUACAACCGCCACAAUCGCUAUUGAGCACGGUAUGCGGCUUGCCUCCACAACCACUUGUUGGAGCUACUGCCAACACACCGUGCAAUAUGUUUCGAAAAGAAAAUCUUCCAUCUUCGGUCACAGCUAAAUCUGCUUUCUUUUCCGUACCAUAUAUGUUGGAAUCACGAAGAUAUAGUGAACCAGUACCGCCACCAUCACAUUUGCUAGCACAGCGGAGAAGAAGCAAAGAAGUUUCUGGACAAGUUACCUACUUGUGGGAAUUCUUACUGCGUUUACUGCAAGAUAAAGAAUACUGUCCGAAAUUCAUAAAAUGGAUCGAUCAGUCGAAGGGUGUUUUCAAAUUGGUCGAUUCAAAAGCCGUUUCAAGACUUUGGGGAAUGCACAAGAACAAACCAGGGAUGAACUAUGAGACAAUGGGAAGAGCUUUGAGGUAUUAUUAUCAACGAGGAAUCCUGCAAAAAGUCGAUGGUCAGCGCCUUGUUUAUCAGUUCGUGGAUGUUCCGAAAGAUGCUCUGCAGGACUCUCCAUUCGAUUCCGGCAUCGAUUCCGCUGGUUCGGAAGCAUUUGAAGAUCCAGAAAGUCCUACAGCAUUGAAUGAAGAAAUUCGUGUAACUUCACCUUCUACUGUGCUAAAACCCGUACCAGAGACUCCUACAAACUCAGCAAAAGUCUCUGAAACCUAA